UCCACGCCCGCGGGGGGGCCCACAUCCUACGGCAUGAAGGUGCUCAGCCUCAUCAUGAACGACUACACCGCCGCCUUCACCCUCCGCAAGGCCGACGACCUCGCCGUCCCGCCCGACGCGCCCGCCAAGGCCGGGGCCAGGAGCUACGCGCUCGUCGCCGCCGACCUCUUCGACAAGGCGCGCGCAUGGCAUUUGGAUUCUCUAAAGUCUAAUAGCAAAAAUGUAUUGCUUACUGAAGAGGCAUCUGUAAAUAUUUAUCCUAUCAUGCUUAGAGUUUCUGUAACUCGAGGUACAAAUGCACUAACGGUGAAGAUCAGCAAAAAGGACAACUCAGCCGAGAACUUCAAAAGAGCAAACAAGAUUCUGAUUCCGGACCCUGAGCCGGUUCACAUAUGGGAUUUCUCUGGGCGAACAACUUUCAUAUUGAUGAAUGAAUGGAACCGUAUACCCCAAGAUCCUCGGUCUUCUGACCAGGAGAUGCCUCUGGAAAUACAAUUCUAUGAUAUAUCAGAACCUACAGCUAACGGUGCUUCUGGGAAAAAAGAUGAGUUAGCAUUAACAAUGGGUAGCUCAGCUUUGAGCAAUGGCAGCAUGAUGGACAUGGAUCUGGAUUCAUCAGGGGGAAUCUGUAAGCAAGUUGGCUCUGGUUUAAUAGGAUUAGACAAUCUUGGAAACACAUGUUUCAUGAACAGUGCAGUCCAGUGCUUGGCUCAUACUUCAAAGCUAGUUGACUAUUUUCUUGCUGAUUACCACAAGGAAAUAAACACCCAUAACCCACUGGGGAUGAAGGGUGAGCUCGCUUAUUCAUUUGGAGAUUUAUUGAGGAAGAUAUGGGCUAUCGAUGGAACCUCAUUUCCACCUCGCCAGUUUAAGACAAGACUUGCACGCUUUGCCCCCCAAUUCAAUGGCUUUAACCAACAUGAUUCACAGGAGCUUCUUGCUUUCUUAUUGGAUGGACUCCAUGAAGAUUUGAAUCGUGUCAAAUGUAAACCCUAUUCUGAAGCAAAGGAUGCAGAUGGCCGUCCAGAUGAAGAGGUCGCAGAUGAGUACUGGGGCAACCAUUUAGCCCGAAAUGAUUCCAUUAUAGUUGAUACCUGCCAGGGCCAAUACAAGUCCACAUUAGUUUGCCCACUUUGCAAGAAAGUGUCUAUAACGUUCGACCCAUUUAUGUAUUUAUCGUUGCCCCUGCCUUCAACUGCAACCACAACGAGAACAAUGACUGUAACAGUCUUUAGUACUGAUGGCACUACUGGGCCAUGUCCUUACACUGUGAAUGUGUCUCAAUCUGGAUAUACCAAGACACUCAUUGAUGCAUUAAGCAAUGCUUGUUCUCUGAGAGACGAUGAGCGCCUCCUGGUUGCUGAGGUUUACAAUGGUUCUCUUAUCCGGUACUUGGAGGAACCUUCUGAAGUCAUCUCCUUGAUUAGAGAUGGAGAUCGCUUGGUUGCAUAUCGACUUCCGAAAGGCAGUGAAGAUGCUCCUAUAGUGGUGUUCAAAAACGAACGUAUGGAGUCCUCCCUCUCUAGCUUCGGUAGGAAGUCUUGGAAGAGUUUUGGCACUCCUCUUGUGUCAAAUCUUCCUGAGACAAUCAAUGGGCGUACAAUCUAUGAUCUUUUCCUAAAGGUUCUGACUCCAUUUGGAGCAUUAAAAGAUGAUAUGUCGGAUGCUGAUCAAAUAACUGGCAAAAGCAGCCCUGUUAAUGGAACUUCAGACAUCGAGAUGAGCUCUGAUGCUGCAGAGCGCUCCAGCAUAAAUAAUAAUGCUGGUGAGGAUGACAUAAUGACUGAAGGUGGCAUGGAGUUUUUCUUGAAUAGUGAUAGGUUUCCAAACCCACGCAUGAAAAUAGAAAUGGAUCAAACUGUUACAGUUUCAAACCCGAAGAAACGUUUGCUUGUGUCUGUGAGUUGGCAGGAUAAUGGUCUGAAGCAAUACAACCUUGAUUCUUUGAAUUCUCUUCCAGAGGUUUUCAAGGCUGUGAUAGUUGCAAGGAGACCACAGGAAACCUGUUCUCUAUAUGCAUGCCUUGAAGCAUUUAUAAAGGAGGAACCAUUGGGCCCAGAGGAUAUGUGGUAUUGCCCAGGUUGUAAAGAACAUCGGCAAGCUAGUAAGAAACUAGACCUCUGGAGGUUACCAGAAAUCCUGAUAAUACACCUGAAAAGAUUCUCAUACAGUCGGUACACAAAGAACAAGCUAGAUACAUUUGUGGACUUCCCAAUUCAUGAUCUUGACUUGUCGAGGUAUAUCCGCGACAGAAGUGGGCAGAUGUUGAAUCACUAUCAACUGUAUGCUGUUAGUAACCACUAUGGAGGCAUGGGAGGCGGUCACUACACUGCGUAUGUUUAUCAUGAGGGAAAAAAGAAGUGGUAUGACUUUGACGACCGUUGUGUCCAGGGUCUUGAAAAGGAGGAUAAUAUAAAGACUUCGGCGGCUUAUGUUCUUUUCUAUAGGAGGGUAAAGGGUGGUAGUAGCUUAGAUAGAGAAACAACAACAAUAGAAUCUGAUUGCACAACAUGAGGAGUAGCACUUGGAUUACUUUUGAAGAGCCUGGACAUUGUAUAGCUGAUCGGUUGGGACCUGGGGCCAAGAUCCAGUGCAGUUGAUCUUUGCUAAUGUAGCAAAUGACAGCUGCAGGAGCAUCGUUUUAUUGCGCUGAUGGGAAGGUGAAGGAACCAAGAUAGUUACAGAUGGAACUGCAGAGGUUGCGAUUCUUUUCAACACCCUGACUUGACGGUGGAUCUGCAUGUAGGAGAACCUGAUAUAACGGCAGAUAUACAGAUAUACAGGCAUGCUGAUGGUUCUUAUUUUGUUACUGCUAUGUUUGUUUCUCACCCGUGAUUUUCUAGGGUCGAGGAACUGGGGAGGUAGAUAACUUAUACUGCUGCCGUUCCCUCGGUUGUUUCUGAACAUGCAAUGUAAACUCUCCGGCCAAUAUUUGGCUAGUGCUGUCAAGCAAGGCAGCCCAGUUUCAUUUAUAUACAGCUGCAACCACAGAUGAGUAACUUUUUCA